ACUCAGCCAGCUCCAGCCAUCGCCCCCCCAGGAGAAGACCCUCUUUGGUAACAAAACUACAUUUAGAUUCAUUUAAAGUAGCUACAUGGAGUCUUAGCUAUUUAGCUGGUGUUGUGUCUGUCCUUGGGGGGGGUUCAACCAGUCGGACAAGGGAUUGGUAUAUUGAGUAUGUGACUGUGAGCAUUUGGAGUAGCCGUAGCGGUCCAUGAAGACUGUCUAGCCGUCGGUAGUCCUCGUUCUGUCCGGUCUAGUGGACUUGAUGAACCCCGUUUGUCCACCCUUGACCCGGGAGUAGCACCGACAAAAACAAGGUCAUGGACUUCCCGGGCCACUUCGACCAGGUCUUCCAGCAGCUGAACUACCAGCGGGUUCACAGCCAGCUGUGUGACUGUGUCAUUGUGGUGGGCAGCCGCCAUUUUAAGGCCCACCGCUCGGUGCUGGCGGCUUGCAGCACUCACUUCAGAGCCCUGUUUACGGUCGCCCAGGGAGACGCCAGCAUGAACAUGAUACAACUGGACAGCGAGGUGGUGACAGCGGAGGCGUUUGCUGCCCUGGUGGACAUGAUGUACACCUCCACCCUGAUGCUAGGAGAGAGCAACGUGAUGGACGUGCUGCUAGCUGCCUCUCACCUCCACCUGAACGCCGUAGUCAAGGCCUGUAAGCACUACCUGACCACCCGCACCAUGCCCAUGUCCCCGCCGGCAGACCACCGGGCCACACAACACCGCCAGCACCAACACACCCACGCAGAACAGCAGAGACACAGGCAGCAGCAGGCAGCCGCCGAGUUAGCCGCUAACGCUAAACUAGCGGCUAACGCUAACCAAGAGGCUAACGCUAACCUAGCGGCUAACGCUGCUACGUCCAGGCUCCAGCGCUCGUUCCUGCUGCAGCAGCUGGGUCUAAGCCUGGUGAGCUCUGCCCUGGGAGGGGUGGAGGAAGAUGGGGCUAGGGGUGGUAGCGAUGGUGUUAGCAUUAGUGGUGUAGUGGAGCAUAAAGCUUCCUUCCCCAUCCGACGUUUCCACAAGAGAAAACCCUCCCUGAGCUUUAGCCUAUCUGAGGACAGGUCCAGGCAGAGGCCCCGCCCCUCCGGACCCCACGAGGAUGAGGAAGUGGGACUACUCUCCCCGACUCCCACAAGACGGGGAGGAGGGGGCGUGUCCCAGGAUGACUCCCAGAUGCCCAGCCAAUCGGACAGCGGACGCUGCGAAGGGGAGGAGCAAGGGAUGGUGGAGGAGGAGGGUGUGGGGAAGGAGUCCCUGGAUGGAGGGAGUCACCAUGGCGAUGGGGUGGAGGUGAAGAUAACGGAGGAAGAGGAGGAAGUACGGGAGCAACAGGGACAGGUGGUGGUGAAGUGUGAGCCUCUGAGCUCCCCAGAGCCAGCUGAUGACAUCACCAUCCAGGGCAGCGACCAGCUGGGACCUGGAGGAGGAAGAGGAGAGGAGGAGAAGGUAGAGCUGAGCCCACAGAGCAGCGACCGUAGUCUCUCCUCCUCUGACCAACAGUUGCUCCAGCCCAGCUCCCAGCUCCUGCUGAAAGGAGGUCUUGGUGUUUGGAAGCGGGGGUCGGGGGUCGAUGCCGGGGACGACGACCUCAACACGACAACCGGCGAGGCGAUGGCAGCGGCACAUCGCUUCCUGCUGAGCCCGGAACGCUCUGGGACCGGUAACUCUUCUUCGAUGCUCCGUACCGGGUCGGCCAACCACCUGCACCUGCUGGGUGGCGACGGACUCGGUGGAUUCUCUACAGACGCUGAUUCGCGCUUCCUGCGUCCCCUGCAUGACGGGCUGGGAAACCCCAGGGGAGGCGGAGGAGGAGGGUUUCCAGACCCGUUCUCUCUGGACUUCCAGCGCUCCAGCCUGGGCCUGCACUCCCUGGCCCGCGCCUCUACAGGGGUCUCCCUGGGCUUUCCUGGAUAUCGCCGCAUCGCACCUAAAAACGACAACAUGGGAGGAGGAGGAGGAGAAGGAGGAGGAGGAACGGGGGUCGUUCUCCAAGACGCCCUGUCUUCCUCCAGUCUUGGGGAAGGGGGACCCUUGCUUCUGAACGGAUCGGGAGGGUACGAGUCAGGCCCACCCACCUCCUCCUCCGCCCCCCACCCCCACCCACAGCUGACCCGUGCCUCAGCAGACGUUCUCUCCAAGUGUAAGAAAGCCCUGUCUGAACACAACGUCCUGGUGGUAGAAGGAGCCAGGAAAUACGCUUGUAGAAUCUGCUGUAAGACUUUCCUCACUCUGACUGACUGUAAGAAACACAUCAGAGUUCACACCGGGGAGAAACCUUACGCCUGCCUCAAGUGCGGCAAACGUUUCAGCCAGUCGUCCCACCUGUACAAACACUCCAAGACUACCUGCCUGCGCUGGCAGAACAGCAACAUGGCCAACACACUGAUGUAAGGGAUAGAUGGGAUCACUGUAGGGGGGGUGGGGUAAACGGUAUCCAGAUUUUAAUACCUUUAUACCUUCGUUGUGCCGUACCGGAGGCCAAACGGUAUUACCGGGCGUUGCGAAUUAAUGGGAAAAAAAAUAAAAUUUAAAAUUUAAAAAACUAGCCAAAUUAGCGGUAUGCUAACAAAGUAGUAGGGAAUUCCCAUAGUGGAUGCUAGCUAAAUGCUAACGAGUCAAGCGUUUUCAACCUGUACAAACACUCCCAAGACCACCUGUCUACGCUGGUAGAACGGCGACAUGCUUUACGAUCUGUAUGUAGGCUGGCCUGCUAGGUAGGGUCGAGUUGGAUUGGGAAAAUUCCUGGGAAACUUACCGGAAGUUUUGGGGGUUUUUUUCUCCAUAAAUUCUGGUUAGAGGACCGUAUAGUCACUGCUGUAGUGGAGAACCUCUGGUCUACUCAUUAGUCACACACUGUAGCAAAAAAAAACUAAACAUUUUCAACUAAAACAACUGUUUCUAUUGGACAAAUGGGUUCCGUUUGGUUCCUUGUUAAAACACCACUUCUAGGUAGGGUUGAGUUUUUAAAAUAAUGUCCAGAAAAACUCCCAGGUUUAAAUCAGUCUCUGAUUUAGAGGAGAACCAUGGAGGAAAAACUCCCAGGUUUAAAUCAGUCUCUGAUUAGAAAGGAAGAGUGGGGGAAAUAGCAGUGGAAUUGGCUUUGAGGUCCAGUUUAGAAUUUGAAGGGUCUAUACGGUAUCGCCUGUACUCUGUCUAGUGGACUCUAGACUCACUGCCCUUUGACCCUCUACAGCGUAAGCCCUGUCUUUUCCACCGGGAGGACCUUCAGACAAGUCUUCUGAGGCCAGUGGGGAGGCCUAGAACAACACCGAUAUGUUGGUGUAAGUCUCUCACCUUUCCACAGAUUAGUGUGUAGGCCAAACUGUCGGGACGCUACCAGACAGAAGUUGGCAGAUCUGCUUUUCCCGACAUCAGACGGGUCCCAAGACGCUCGUUGGGUCAAACCGUUCGGGGAAACAAACACCGCUCGAGCUCUUUCGCUGCAGGAUGCAGAAGUGCGACAUCGGCGGAUGUGGUGGAUUGAUACAAAACAACAGAUCUGUAGCUUAAACGGACAGAUUUUUAUGGGGAUUAUUUUAUAUUAUUAUUAUUAUUAUGCUAAUUAGAUAGAAUGGUUCAUUUCCUCACAGCUAGAAACACACACUUACAGUAGUGUGUAGAAACUAUGGGUGUCCCCAGCGGGAAUCCAACCCACAACCCUGAUGUUACAAGUGCCAUGUUCUACCAACUGAGCCAAAACAGGACCGUUUGAUAGAGGCGAUCGCUUUAGAAAAUGGAGUCUCUUUAGGAGGGGUGGACUCCCAACUUCCUCAUGGAACCCUGUUGUGUUCCUAUUGGAACCCUGUUCGGAACGUUUCUGAAACAGGACUUCAGAUUCAGAACUGUCCUGAAGCUGAAACCUGGUUUGGGAGAUUCAGAACUGUCCUGAAGCUGAAACCUGGCUUGGGAGAUUCAGAACUGUCCUGAAGCUGAAACCUGGCUAGGGAGAUUCAGAACUGUCCUGAAGCUGAAACCUGGCUAGGGAGAUUCAGAACUGUCCUGAAGCUGAAACCUGGCUAGGGAGAUUCAGAACUGUCCUGAAGCUGAAACCUGGCUAGGGGAGAUUCAGAACUGUCCUGAAGCUGAAACCUGGCUAGGGGAGAUUCAGAACUGUCCUGAAGCUGAAACCUGGCUAGGGAGAUUCAGAACUGUCCUGAAGCUGAAACCUGGCUAGGGGAGAUUCAGAACUCUCCUGAAGCUGAAACCUGGCUAGGGGAGAUUCAGAACUGUCCUGAAGCUAAAACCUGGCUAGGGGAGAUUCAGAACCGUUCUGAAGCUGAAACCUGGCUAGGGAGGUUCAGAACAGUCCUGACGCUGAAACCUGGCUAGGGAGAUUCAGAACUGUCCUGAAGCUGAAACCUGGCAAGGGAGAUUCAGAACAGUCCUGAAGCUGAAACCUGGCUAGGGGAGAUUCAGAACAGUCCUGACGCUGAAACCUGGCUAGGGAGAUUCAGAACUGUCCUGAAGCUGAAACCUGGCAAGGGAGAUUCAGAACAGUCCUGAAGCUGAAACCUGGCAAGGGAGAUUCAGAACAGUCCUGAAGCUGAAACCUGGCUAGGGGAGAUUCAGAACAGUCCUGAAGCUGAAACCUGGCUAGGGGAGAUUCAGAACAGUCCUGAAGCUGAAACCUGGCUAGGGGAGGUUCAGAACAGUCCUGAAGCUGAAACCUGGCUAGGGGAGAUUCAGAACAGUCCUGAAGCUGAAACCUGGCUAGGGGAGGUUCAGAACUGUCCUGAAGCUGAAACCUGGCUAGGGGAGAUUCAGAACAGUCCUGAAGCUGAAACCUGGCUAGGGGAGAUUCAGAACAGUCCUGAAGCUGAAACCUGGCUAGGGGAGGUUCAGAACAGUCCUGAAGCUGAAACCUGGCUAGGGGAGAUUCAGAACUGUCCUGAAGCUGAAACCUGGCUAGGGGAGAUUCAGAACAGUCCUGAAGCUGAAACCUGGCUAGGGGAGAUUCAGAACAGUCCUGAAGCUGAAACCUGGCUAGGGGAGAUUCAGAACAGUCCUGAAGCUGAAACCUGGCUAUGGGAGAUUCAGAACAGUUCUGAAGCUGAAACCUGACUAGGGGAGAUUCAGAACAGUUCUGAAGCUGAAACCUGGCUAGGGGAGAUUCAGAACAGUUCUGAAGCUUAAACCUGGCUAGGGGAGAUUCAGAACAGUUCUGAAGCUUAAACCUGGCUAGGGGAGAUUCAGAACAGUUCUGAAGCUGAAACCUGGCUAGGGAGGUUCAGAACAGUCCUGACGCUGAAACCUGGCUAGGGAGAUUCAGAACAGUCCUGAAGCUGAAACCUGGCUAGGGAGAUUCAGAACAGUCCUGAAGCUGAAACCUGGCUAGGGGAGGUUCAGAACAGUCCUGAAGCUGAAACCUGGCUAGGGGAGAUUCAGAACUGUCCUGAAGCUGAAACCUGGCUAGGGGAGAUUCAGAACAGUCCUGAAGCUGAAACCUGGCUAGGGGAGAUUCAGAACAGUCCUGAAGCUGAAACCUGUCUAGGGAGAUUCAGAACAGUCCUGAAGCUGAAACCUGGCUAGGGAGAUUCAGAACUGUCCUGAAGCUGAAACCUGGCUAGGGAGAUUCAGAACUGUCCUGAAGCUGAAACCUGGCUAGGGGAGAUUCAGAACAGUUCUGAAGCUGAAACCUGGCUAGGGGAGAUUCAGAACAGUCCUGAAGCUGAAACCUGGCUAGGGGAGAUUCAGAACAGUUCUGAAGCUGAAACCUGGCUAGGGGAGAUUCAGAACAGUCCUGAAGCUGAAACCUGGCUAGGGAGAUUCAGAACUGUCCUCAAGCUGAAACCUGGCUAGGGAGGUUCAGAACAGUCCUCAAGCUGAAACCUGGCUAGGGGAGAUUCAGAACAGUCCUCAAGCUGAAACCUGCCUAGAGUUGCAAAACUCUGAUAACCUGGGAAUUUAGGGAAAGUUUUCUAGAAAUCAGGAUUUCCUGCUUUUUCCCCUCUGAUUACGGUAAUCUUCGAGGUUGAGAAUUAGGGGAAUUGUGCAACGCUAAACCUGGAGCUUGGCUUUGAGAGGAGAACAGGGAUGUGAAGGAGAGAGGGUGGACUAGCCUGAGAGACAGUUUGUCUGUGCUGUCCUGCCCCACAUCAUUGACAUCAAUGGAGCUGGUAAGAGCACAAACAGAUCUGGGACCAGGCUAAGAAGGGACCACUUCUUCUCAUGGUCCUUCACAAACAAGUUGCCUUUUCGUUGGUGCACCUUUUGAAUGAAACACCCUAUUCCCUAUAUAGUGCACUACUCUUGACCAGGGCCCAUAGGGUUGUAGUUCACUAUAUAUAGUGCAUUUGGAAAGUAUUCAGACCCCUUGACUUUUUUGACACUUUCUUUCAUUACAGCCAUAUUUGAAAAUGGAUUAAAUAAAAAAUGUUCCUCUUCAAUCUACAUCACAAUACCCCAUAAUGACAUCACAAUACCCCAUAAUGACAUCACGAUACCCCAUAAUGACAUCACGAUUCCCCAUAAU